AAUUCCAAAAAGUGUCAACCUUUAACAAUUCUCGGAUGAAAUCUCCUAGCCGUUCGGAUUAUUGAUAUUGCCCAAAAUUGUGAUUAGGGGUUAAUAUAGCCAAAAUGAAAAAUUUAAAGGAUGAUGCAAUGUUACUCCCAUCUCCCCCCUCCUCCUUUCUCCAAAUAGAUAUUGAAUUGUUUAUUCUUUCCUUCUCUUUGGGUUGCUUGUUUGUAUGGCAGUGUUAUUAUUGUACUACUUGACAUUCCUUACCUCAUAGCCUUUCCUAUGUACAAAAAAACAAAACCAGGCAUGGAUAGGGAAAAGGGCAGAAAAAAACAGGAAAAGAAACAAUAAAAAUGGAGCUUGUGGUUGUGGUCCUGACUCUUUUUCACCUUUUAUCCUUUACUUACUACUCUAAUUCCCACCUCAAGCAUAUAUCUUUCCUUUCUUUUUUGUCAUUCUUUUCACCCUUUGGAACCUCACUUUUUGAACCCAAGUUUUCUUUUUUCGUUAAUUUUUUUUCUUCCAAAAAGAAAUGGAUGGUAAAGGGAAGCAAAUUAGGAUGGUGAUGGGGAGGGAAGUAAUGAAGAAGGAUAGUGCUGAUGACUCUUCAGAUGAUGAAGGGUAUGAGCAAAACCAGAUGGGGUUUAUGGAAGAUGAAUUUCUCGAGAGUAACAAGAAAAAGAAAGUGGUAGUUACUGCUGCUGGUGGUGGUGGUGGUGGAGGAAGGAGGGUGUCAAGUGGUGGUGGAGGAGGGAUGAGGUGUUGUCAAGUAGAGAAGUGUACAGCUAAUCUGACUGAUGCAAAGCAAUAUCAUAGGAGGCAUAAGGUUUGUGGACAUCAUGCUAAGGCUCAGGUUGUGCUUGUAGCUGGAAUUAGGCAGAGGUUUUGCCAGCAAUGUAGCAGAUUCCAUGAACUAUCAGAAUUUGAUGAAACCAAAAGAAGCUGUCGCAGGCGGUUGGCCGGACACAAUGAGAGGCGAAGGAAGAAUGUUGUUGAAUCUCACGUGGAAGGCUCAAGCCGCAAAGUGAAUGGAACUCAUGGCACUCAGUUGAAGGAUAUGGUAUGUGGACAGGCUGAUGAAAGGGGAAGAAUUAAGAUAACAAUCCAAGAAAAUGCCACUUACAAACAUUUCCAGAUAAGCUAAACCGAUUGCUCUCUCUCUUCUGUCAUCCUAGGGAUGUAAUGAUGCUGAUACUCUUUCCCUUUUCUUCUUCUUCUUCUUCUUCUUCUUCUUAUUAUUAUUAUUAUUAUUAUGUACUUCUCCGGCUAAACAAAUGCUAAUGUCACAUUGUGUGACAACCAUGCAUGGUGUCAGGGUUGCUAGCUGUGGCAGUAGGCAUAUGCUACUUAACUUAACCCAACUUAUUCUAAUAGUUUCAGGGUAUUGUUGCAAGCACUGACUUGACUUGUAUUGAGUGUUUUGCUUCAAUCAAUAUAUUAUCAGUUAUCA